CAAAGGGAACAAAAGAGAGCUUUUCCAAAGCGACAUCAGAGGAUCAAAAUUUUAAAAGAAAAAAAAAAGGGGAAACCACCUUCAAAAACUGUGAAAAUGACCUCCCUUUUCUCUAGACCUUGCAUUAUCAAUCUAUGUUUUUAUUGUUAUCACCAUCCUCAAAACCAAAUUAUUUGUUUCCAUUUCUCUUUGCUUAUUCAAUGAAUUAAUAAAAAAAAAAAGGGAACUGCACCAUCAGCCACCUUUUGAUCGAUCAAGGAAUCCAGUUUUCAAUCCAAACACAUUGACAGCCGUUGGAUUUGAUGACUCCGAUGUUGACAUGUCGCCGGCGUUGCUAGACCCUGGAGGAGCUUCUUCUUCAACUCCCAAUGGUCAGGCUUCUUCUUUUCCUUUUACAGUGAAUUCUUUUGGGUUCUUUUCUGUUUCUCAAUCUAAGUUUUUACAAGAAAAAAAUGAACACAUCUUCCAGUUUUGGUUUUGGAGGUGAUUUUAGUUCUGGGUUUUCAAACUCGAUCCCCAAUAAUCCCAAUUUUAGCUUCAAUACGCCUUCUUUACCACGACCUUCCGCAGGCCUUUCUAAACCAAGGCUUCCCAAAACUAGAAGGCAAUCGAAUUCUCAUAAUUUGAAAUCUUCAGGCAAUUUAGAAACCCGGGUAGGCCCUGGUUUUAAUCCGUUUAGACCUGUUUCCGGUGUUCCCCGCCCUAGCCCAUCCGAUGGAAGUGACUUGGGUGGGAAUUUAGAGGGAGGAGUCGUGGAGAAAAUCAGUAAUUUGAGAAUUGGGAAGAGUUCUGAUUUAGAUGAUCAAACUUUAGUUUCCAAGCUUCGGGAUGAUACAAGGAAGUCGAACAUUGAGGAUGGUUCAAAGGGUGAUCAGAGCAAUGAGAAUGAUAGCAAUGUAGGUAGUUGUGUUGGAAGAGGUGCAGAAACGGAAAAACUUCCAAAUGAGUUGCCGAGCAAGUUGAAUAUUAGAGGCAGUAACGAUGUUGAUGAUGGAGUUAAGAAGGGAUUCAUAUUUAAGAGCGGAAAAGGUAGUGAUUCUAUGGUUGUAAGCUCAACGGAUGCAUUUCCGAAUGAGUUGCUGACCAAGUUGAAUAUUAAAGGCAGUAAGGAUGUUGAUGAUGGAGGUAAGAAGGGAUUCAUAUUAAAGGGUGAAAAAGGUAGUGAUUCUUUGGUUGGAAGCUCAACAGAAGCACUUCGUGACAGCAUUAAGAAUUUGAAUAUAAAGCGGAUUGAUGAUAGUUAUACCAAUGAGAGAGAUAAUUUUUUCUCUAGGAGUAGUGAAAGCUCUGGUCAUCUUGGUGGGAAAGGAGAAGAUGUAUUGUCGACUGAGAUGGAGAGGAAGUUGAAUAUUGUGAGUGUAAUGGGAGAUUCUAGUGGUCCAACAGACAAGGGAUUUUCUUCUUGGCAAAUCUUUGGAAGGAAUGUACAAACUGAAAAGUUGGGUGAUAAGAAGUUCCAUGAGUUUUGUGAACCAGUUCACAAAGAAUCUACUUUCCAGGAGGCAACACCAGGUUUAUAUCCAACUAGUAAAGUUCAUAUGGAUUUACUAAAAAAUGAUAUUAGACCUGGUGGAGCUGCAGCAUCAGCAACUUUGUUUUCAUCUUGUGCUGUGCAUUUCCAGCCUGGUGCAAAUGCCUUUGGUAUGACUUCUGAUAAACCAGAAAUGAAGGAUGAGUUUGGUUUUACGGCCAAACAUGAUGCUAUAGAAACACCCUUUGUAGAAUUCAAAACGCCAAAUUCACAGCAAAAUAUAUUCUUUGGCUUAAAUAAAAAAUUGGAAUUUAGUGCAAAAAGAGAAGCUGGUACAAGCACAAAAGUCAAGAAAAGGAAGGGAAAGUUGAAGCAGCCUACAUCGGUCCAGCUAUGGCAUGGACCUGAUUUUGUUUCAGGUAAAACUGGUGCACAGGAUAAUGCAGAGGCUUCUGAGUCUUAUUCACCAAUGGAUGUCUCUCCGUAUCAGGAAACCUUAGCUGAUACUCAAUGUUCAAGAGAAACUUCUGUAGCUUCUGAUGAGUCUUUCAGUCUUUAUAACAAAUAUGCAUCCUGUGAUUCACUACCAACAGUUUCAAGUGAUGCAAUAGAUGAGGAUCUGGUUCCUGCAACACAGCAUAUGAAUAUAAAUGAAGGUGGGGAGAAAGAUGAAGAAAUAAAAGUGGAGGCUUCUGGAAAUGUUUUUGAUAAAGGUGUUGCUGCUAAAGAUCCUCAAGAAGAUUCUGUGUCUGGGGCUGAAACUGAAAGCUUUAUAUCUGCAGCUGAGGAAAUAGAUUAUAACAGUGGUAUUGCUCUUAUUUCAGCUGAAAAUGAAGCCACUUCAAGAUCAAAUAUUGAGAGGCAAGAUAGUGAUGCCCAAAUGCACGUUACUUCCCUUUCUAAUUCAGAAUAUGUAAGUGGGUUUGACUUCACCUUUGCAGCAUCUUCUUCGGCUCAGAGUCAACUGUCAAUGUCAAAACGCCACCACAAAAAGAAGAAUUUGGCUAAAAUUGCUUUUGAUUCUCCUAAUUCUAUUCCUUAUGCAUCAGCCUCUGUACUGUUUUCUCCUUACCCUGGAGCUUCAUUGCAUUUAUCCCCCGGGCAAGGCCAGAAAACAGAUUUAUCUACUUUGCAAGGCAAGGUUGGAGGGAAUUCUGUUGCGGACAAAGGACCUGAGUUCAAGCAUGAGCCUGAUUUGACUGGUGCAAGCACUUCAUCUCAGGAAUCAUGUGAAAAGUGGCGAUUAAGGGGAAACCAAGCCUAUGCAAAUGGAGAUUCAUCCAAAGCUGAGGAAUAUUAUACACAAGGGAUAAGUUGUAUUCCUGCAAGUGAGACAUCUAGAAGCUGUCUUCGGGCAUUGAUGCUGUGCUAUAGCAACCGUGCAGCUACACGUAUGUCUCUUGGAAGAAUGAGAGAUGCACUCGGAGAUUGUAUGAUGGCCAUUGCAAUAGAUCCCAACUUUUUGAGGGUUCAACUUAGAGUGGCAAAUUGCUACCUUGCCCUUGGGGAAGUUGAAAACUCAAAGCGAUAUUUCAGGAAGUGCUUACAAUCUGGAACUGAUGUUUGUGUGGACCGAAAAAUUGCAGUAGAAGCAUCUGAUGGCCUACAAAAGGCGCAGAAAUUGUCUGAAUGUAUGCAUCAGUCUGCUGAACUUUUGCAGAGUAGAACAUCUGAUGAUGCAGAGAGUGCUCUGGAAGUAAUUGCUGAGGCCUUGCAAAUAUGCUUGUACUCGGAAAAAUUACUUGAAAUUAAAGCACAGGCCCUUCUUAUUCUGCGCAAAUAUGAAGAGGUAAUUCAGCUGUGUGAACAGACAUUGGAUUCUGCUGAAAAGAAUUCCCUUUCAUUUGAUAUCAAUGGACAACUGGCCAAUUUGGAUAGUUCUGGCUUCUCAAAGGACUCUACCUUUAGAAUUUGGCGGUGUCGCGAGAUCUUCAAAUCUUACUUUCAUCUAGGAAAGCUUGAAGAGGCCAUCGCAUUCCUGGAGAAGCAAGAGGAAUUGCAAUCCGCUACAGAUAGGGAUGGAAGCAACAGUUUGGAAUUAUCAAUUCCAUUGGCUGCUACCGUACGUGAGCUCUUACGUCAUAAGGCUGCAGGGAAUGAAGCAUUCCAAUCUGGAAGACACUCUGAAGCUGUUGAACAUUAUACUGCUGCUUUAUCUUGCAAUCUGGAGUCACGGCCUUUGGCAGCUAUUUGUUUUUGCAAUCGUGCUGCUGCGUACAAAGCACUGGGCCAAGUCACUGAUGCUAUUGCUGAUUGCAGCCUUGCCAUAGCACUUGAUGGCAAUUAUUUGAAGGCCAUUUCUAGACGAGCCACUUUAUUUGAGAUGAUUAGAAACUAUGAGCAAGCAGCCAGUGAUAUUGAAAGACUUCUAUCUCUUCUCAUGAAGCAAAUGGAGGCAAAGACCAAUCAAAUUGGAACAUCUGACAGAUCAAUGAACUUAGCAAAUGACUUGAGACAAGCUCGUCUGCGGCUUUCUGAAAUCGAGGAAGAAGGCAAAAAGGAAGUCCCUUUGGAUUUCUAUCUGAUUUUGGGGGUUGAACCAUUUGUUUCAGCAGCAGAAAUUAAGAGGGCAUAUCGGAAAGCUGCUCUUAGACAUCAUCCUGACAAGGCUGUUCAAUCCCUGGUAAGAAAUGAAAAUGGAGAAGACAGGCUUUGGAAGGAGAUAAGAGAAGAAGCCCACAAGGAUGCUGAUAAACUAUUUAAGAUAAUUGGAGAGGCAUAUGCAAUUCUUUCAGACCCUAUCAAGCGCUCAAAGUAUGAUCUUGAAGAAGAGACAAGGAAUGUGCAAAAGAAACGUACUGGAGGUACACCCAGAGCAGCUACAGAUGUUCAAAGUUAUUCAUUUGAUAGAAGUGGUAGCAGGCAACCAUGGAGGGAGGUCAGGAGAUCGUAUGGCUACUCGAGCUCCAAAGGAUCGGAAGCCACACGAUCAAACAGAUUCUAUUGACAAUUGUGAGCCACAUGUUUGAAGGGAAUCUUGAGAUAUCUGAUCAAGUUAUACAAUGAUGUCUAGCAGAUUCAGAUUUGGUUUAGAAACUCUGCAGAAUGGAAUUUUCUCCAACCACUGUCACGAAAUAGGUGUGUACCUGCAAGAGGGAAUACCAGAUAGUUGAAAGAAAGAAACUUAUCUAACAGAGGAAUGUCUGGACAUUGUAAAUGUACUGGUGACAUAACAGACACAUUGAGACAAAAUAAAUGCAACCAAGGAGUUGCUUCAAGGCUUUUUGCAGUUUUCUACCCAAGACUGACAAUCCCCUAAAUCGAGAUAGCAGUUUGUUUUUUUUAAUUGGUCACAGGCUUAGAGAGUUCAUAUCAUUUUUUUUCUUUUAUACUUUAUACCCUCCUUUCCAGAUUGAUUGAUUGCUUGAUUUCAUUGCUUGUUUAUGAAGAGAUAUGGUGCUUUGAAAUGUAUUAUAACACGAAUGAAAGAUGUUUGAUUGUAAAGUUGUUUCAACAGCUUUAGCUGAACGUUUGAAU